ACGCAAGAAAUGGGUACAUAUAAAUUCACGACGACGUGAAUUCAAACCAGGUUUCAGAGGUUAGUGAAUAUACAACAAUGGCGUUGAGAAUUUUGUGCCUGCUCAGCCUUCUGGCGUUCUCUCAUGCUGGAGUUCUUCCAUUUUUCGAUCCUAGGAUCGUAGGUGGGGUAGAUGCUAAAGAAGGCGAACGCCCAUAUCAGGUAUCUCUUCAAGAGAAAGGUUCUUCCUUCCACUUUUGUGGCGGCUCAAUCCUGAGUGAUAACUAUGUUAUUACGGCCGCUCAUUGCGUUGAUGGGAGAAACGCCAAUGGACUAAAAGUUGUUGCUGAUACCAUUGACCUAACUACACCAAAAUCGACGCAUGAAGUCUCGGAAAUUAUUGUGCACGAAAGUUAUAACCCGUCUAAUUCUUGGAAAAACGAUAUUGCUUUAUUGAAGGUAAAAACUCCCUUCGAAUCAUCUAACACCGUCGGACAUGUUCCUCUGCCACCGCAAGAUUUUGAAGUUAAUGUCGACGAUAUUGCUGUUGUGUCAGGAUGGGGCAGGCUCUGGCAAGGAGGACCGACCACUACUAAGUUGCAACGAGUCAACAUUCUCAUCACUGAUCGAGAUUACUGUAGAGAGAAGUACUCCGGCAUAGGAUAUAAUGUCCAUGCUACGCAAGUUUGCGCGCACGAUCCGUCAGAAGAAAAGGGAUCUUGCCACGGUGAUUCUGGUGGCCCAUUGACUGUCAAUGGACAACUCAUUGGAUUAGUAUCUUGGGCAUUGGGUUGCGCAAGUACCGAGUACCCCACCGUCUACACAAAUGUUCCCUCUUACAUAAAUUGGAUUGAAGAACACGCGGUUUAAACCAAUGCUAUUCACUUCCACCUAUGAUGCGAACUCUGUCCUUCAUAUUUUUUCUAAUUAUUGAUUCUUAAGUCCGCGGGAAAAAAAAUGUUCAUUAAUGUAAAAAAUGUUUGAUUACGAUAGAGUAUUUAUAUACAUAAAAAUACAACUGUACAUAGUAGGAACUUUGAAAAUCUUGUACACAUCAUUUGUGAAAUAAAUACUUAUUAUUAAUUUAUUUAA